AUCCAACUCAUAGUCUUGGCAAAAUGCUUCUCGGCUGCACUGGACUCGUCGCCUGCUUGGGCUUUCUUUCCCUGUGUGGAGCGUAUAAAGUGACACCAAUUGUUGCGGAUGGAUUGCCUGGAUUAUCGAAUAUUACCACAGAACCAUUUGUGAAGAUCGGCAAUGGCUACUAUUAUAUUGAGAGUACCCUGAACAAGAACUGGUUUGAUGCCUUUGAGUCGUGUCGACGCAUGAGUGCCGAUUUGAUUUCAUUUGAAAGCCUCGAAGAAUGGGAUUUGAUCAAUGAUUAUAUCGUAGAACGGAAAAUCAAUGGCGCAUAUUGGACCUCAGGCAAUGAUUUUGCGUACCAGGGUAAACAUGUAUGGCACUCAACAGGAGAGCCCGUCACACUGAACAUCUGGAAUGCGGGGGACCCAAAUAAUCACGGCGGAAACGAGCACUGCGAUGAAUUUUGGUAUGCGACUAAUGUCAAGCACAAUGUACUGAAUGACAAGCAAUGCUCUGUCCAGAGCCACUAUAUAUGCGAGGCACCUCAGCCAAAGACAGCAUCGUUUAUUAUAUGGUAGUAUAGUAAUCCCUUUGAUAACAUUCUAAAGAGAAUAUAAAUCGAGCAUUUCAAUUCAGA